GAAAAAGUGGAAGUACAGAAGGAAGAAGAAUGAGGAUAGUUGAUCGAUGUACGCAGGGUUUAAAUGAAAUGGAGCGGUAACUUGAGCCGCUGAAUAGAAAGCGAAUACCGAGGUCCAGAGUGAUCAGAUUAGAGAGAUCCGCACUAGGACAAGAGUAGACUUGUUUCAUAACUAGACGCGUAGGUCGGAAAAACUAGUUGGCAGUAUCUAGCGUUUGCUUAAGUACACGUGUAGGUCGGAAAAACUAGUUGGCAGUAUCUAGCGUUUGCUUAAGUACGUAGGCUCGUCCCCGUUCUUUCGUUUUGAAGCAGGAAGGUAUACAAUAGACGUGUCGGUCCUCGCGUGCGGCUCAAGCGCAGCUCGGUCUUGUAAAGUAGAUCCAUCCUUUUUCGGUGUUUUCAUAGUCGUGAACGCUCACCUCCCCGAGGCGGGCUAAUUCCUAUCCUAUCCUAGAAAUAGAAUUAUGAGAAUGGAUCACGAAGAAAGGACUUUCUAGUAAUCUCAAUUUCUAAUUCUAUAGAUUAAAAUUCAGCAUCUCAAUUCGCGACUUCAGAUUCCUGCAACAAGAAAGAUAGCAGAAGCACUCAGUAUUAAACCAAGGCUCGCACGGAGGAUCAUGGCGCCGCCUCGGCGAAGAGAUGCGCGGUCAAAGCAGAGCUUUUUUCGCAGGCAUAGAUUUUUUCUGGGUGUUGUGGUAGCCACCCACAAUGUUAAGGCCCAUCCUAUAACUUUUUGAGUUGUCAGAAUUCCAAUUUAUUCGGAUUGAACAGAAAUUUAAAUGAUGCUGUAGCAGAUGAAGAUGCAUCAUCAUCCUAAAUGAAGCUCUAAUGUCCUUGCGGGAGGCCGCAUCAAGAGCAGGAGCGCUGUUGCGAAGGCCCCUGUGACGAGACCUCGGGGGCAAGAACUAGAAGCAAGCGAGCAGCGGAAAAAAGUGAAACUCAUGCCAAGCACGAGAAAUUCACGAGAAAAUGAAGAAAAUGAAACCGGGCAAGAAGGACAUGAUGAACAGAUAAAAAGUAAGCAAGAAGAAGCAGUGGAAGCAGAUGAUGACAACAAUCCCCGAGCAAACGACGAGGACAAGUCGGUGGAGGAGGACGGCGAUGAAGCGAUCCCAUCGUCACUAGAUGAGCAAGAGAACAACAAGAACAACAUGAAUAAAGAAGGCAGGCAUCAUCAAGCCAACGAAGAUAAAAGGGGUGCGACUGAAGAUGAUGGCCGGAAAAGCGCGGCCUCUAGAGCGUCAACAGCUGAGUUCAAGAACAAGAUCCCCAUGUCCUCAUUUUCUCGACAAGCAAAGACAGGCAGCUCAUCUUCUGCUACUGGGCGAGUUGGAAUACGUGGUCAUCAUCAUGCAGUAGACAAAGAAAUUGAUGCUGUAGAAGAGGACGAAAGGAAAGUAGGCAGGGAUGAAGACGACAUUGACGAGGACGACCAAGACCAACGAGAAGAAAGUCGGAGAGGGAGACGGAGUAGAACAAAAAGUAGUGUCAGGCAUGAAGAACUUCAAGUCCAAGGGGAUGGAGACCAAGACGAAGAUUCGGAGGACACUACAAAGCGUGGCUCAUCGAAAUAUCAAGUAGGGAUGCUAAAUGUCGAUGAAGAACAGAAUAUCGACUCACUGGAACAAGGCGACAAGAAUGAGCAGGAGGCAGAGGAGCAGGAUGAGGAGGAGCAGAAGGAGGGAGAGCAGGAGGUCCACUUUUACUAUAAUUUUUAAUGCCUAGUAUCACAUACUGCGCGAAGCACUUUGCUCUUGAGAAACAAACAAACUGGAACUGUCCCAACACGUAAGCGGUUUCCUUCUAAAGAUGCAAUGACUAUGACUUGUGAAAAAUUGUCCACGUCAAAGUUGUCUUUAUAUUUGUCAUUUCUGCCUUCAAACACAAACAAAAUCAGGACGAAGAAAAAGACGCAGAGACUCUGGUAUGGCGACACUCCAUGGAAUCGGACCAGAUUAGCAAACUACGUAGUGGGAUAG